UGUGGUUUCAGUAGAACUUGUGGCUUGUUUGUGAGCAGAUCAGAUGUCGGGCAUCGUGUUGUACGGAUUGGACAUAAGUCCCCCAGUCAGGGCGUGUCAACUGACCUUGCGAGCCCUCGGCUUGGACUACGAAUACAGGGAGGUGGAUCUUUUGGCCGGGGAGCACCAUUCGGAGGAAUACGUGAAAAAGAAUCCGCAGCAUACGGUGCCGCUACUGGAUGACAAUGGAGCUCUCAUAUGGGAUUCACAUGCCAUUGUUUGCUAUCUGGUGGACAAGUACGCCAAGUCCGAUGAGCUAUAUCCCAGGGAUCUGCUGAAACGUUCCCAGGUGAAUCAGCGUCUCUACUUCGAUGCCAGUGUCCUGUUCAUGGCCUUGCGGAAUGUCAGUGUGCCGUAUUUCUAUCACCAAGUUAGCCUGGUGCCCAAGGAAAAGGUGGAUAACAUCAAGGAUGGCUACGCCCACCUGGAGAGGUUUCUUGGAGAUAAUCCCUACUUGACGGGCUCUAGUCUCACACUGGCUGAUCUCUGCUGUGGGGCUACUGCCUCCGCUUUGGAAGCUAUCCUGGAACUGGACUCGGAGAAGUAUCCCAAGGUCAGGGCCUGGCUGAAUCGUUUAACCCAGUUGCCCCAUUACGAGGAGGAUAGCCUGAGGGGAUUAAACAAGUACAUUGCUGCUCUACGACCUCGUUUAGUUCUAGAGAAGUAAUGUUAUUUAAGGAAUGUUUAUUGUAAUUUUAAAUAAAUCAAACAAUUCCAAAAGCAAAA